GGCACGUGCUGGGGCUUGCCUGUGGUGCCCAGCCCCUGUGUGGGCGUGAGGCCCACGCCCCCGGCAAGAGGCCUAGUGUUUACUGCACCCUGCCUCCCCUGCCUCCUGGAGACGCCUCUGUAAUUCUUUGCUUUCUUGAGGGGAACGGGGAGCUUCAGAAGGACACUCCUUGUUGGCCAGGGCUGGGGGUGUCCAUGCUGGAGAGGCAGGGAUCCUGGCUUGGAAAAGGAGAGAGUAUUUUCCAUAAGACUCUUGGGUAAGAGCCAGAGGUCAAAGUGGUACAAGGCUAGCGUCAGAAGCCUCCCUGGUGGGGGGCGGGUUCCCCAUUACUGGCAUGCAGCCCCGAUCUUGGGGCCUGGCUGCCAGCUUCUGCUCAGGCUGGCAAGGAGGGCCAACAGUUGGCUGCUGAGGCUCUGAGCUGACCAGGCACGAUGUGUCAGGGUGACAGGGCCCCUUUGGGGCCUCACUUGGGAGGGCUGGGGCACUGCCAGCUCAUCUGUCCAGGGCAGGUUGCUUGGCAUGGCCACCAGUGCUGGGUGGCAUGGGCUUGGGUCACCCUCUCCGCUGGACAUUGACCUGGUCAGCCCAGUGUCCACAGGCCCCACCCCCCCAUCCCUGAGCAUCAGUGGUUGGAGGGGUGUCCUCAGCACAGCGGGGGGGGGCCGCGGGGAGGCUGCUGGUUAAAUUUAGAGUGUGGGGUGGUGCGCUGCCCAAGGUCCACUUGCCACCACAGCUGCCACAUGGCCCUGCUGCCAGGGGGCGGGCGGGGCCUGGCUCUGCCUGCGGCUGGGCCCAUAUUAACCUGUUCUCCAGCCCGGGGCCCAGAGAGGCCUGCAGACUGGGAGGCAGAGGUGACAGAGGCAGCAGCAGAGCAGGAGACGCAGUGGGGCCAGCAGGCUGCAGUGAAGAGGGUGCCCCCUUCCCAGCCCUGGCCCACCAAGCCGGGACCCAGCUUCCCUCACCUACACUUCUGGAUCCUGACGCCUCCUGAGUCUCCUUCUUGCCCGGUCCGAGCAGGAUCAUGGCCUUGAGAACAGGUGACCACGGUCAGGCUGCAACGAACGGGCUGAAGGAGAAGGUGCUGACGCUGGACACCAUGAACCCGUGUGUCCGGAAGGUGGAGUAUGCGGUACGAGGCCCAAUCGUGCUGCGGGCGCUGGAGCUGGAGCAGGAGCUGCGCCAGGGCGUAAAGAAGCCCUUCACUGAGGUCAUCCGAGCUAACAUCGGGGACGCACAGGCCAUGGGGCAGACGCCUAUCACCUUCCUGCGCCAGGUCCUGGCGCUCUGCGUCCACCCUGAUCUCCUGAACAGCCCUGACUUCCCCGACGACGCCAAGAGGAGGGCGGAGCGCAUCUUGCAGGCAUGUGGGGGCCACAGCCUGGGGGCCUACAGCAUCAGCUCUGGCACCCAGCUGAUCCGCGAGGACGUGGCGCGGUACAUUGAGCGGCGCGAUGGAGGCAUUCCCGCCGACCCCAAUAACAUCUUCCUGUCCACGGGGGCCAGCGACGCCAUCGUGACGUUGCUGAAGUUGCUGGUGGCCGGCGAGGGUCGCACGCGCACGGGCGUGCUCAUCCCCAUCCCUCAGUAUCCACUCUACUCCGCCGCGCUGGCCGAGCUCAGCGCGGUGCAGGUGGACUACUACCUGGACGAGGAGCGCGCCUGGGCGCUCGACGUGGCCGAGCUGCGGCGCGCGCUGCUCCAGGCGCGUGACCACUGUCGGCCCCGCGCGCUCUGCAUCAUCAACCCCGGCAACCCCACCGGGCAGGUGCAGACCCGCGAGUGCAUUGAGGCCGUGAUCCGCUUCGCCUUUGAGGAGGGGCUCUUCCUGUUGGCCGAUGAGGUGCUGGCCGGGGCCCCCGCAGGUAGGGGUCGGAGGGCGGCGGCGCGCGCCCCCGUGACGCACCCCGCUGUCGCCCGUCCGCCCGUCCAGGUGUACCAGGACAACGUGUACGCCGAGGGCUCGCAGUUCCACUCGUUCAAGAAGGUGCGGCUUCCGCGGCGGCUACGUGGAGCUGGUGAACAUGGACGCAGCGGUACAGCAGCAGAUGCAGAAGCUGCGGAGCGUGCGCCUGUGCCCGCCCACGCCGGGCCAGGUCCUGCUAGACGUGGCGGUCAGCCCGCCCGCGCCCUCAGACCCCUCCUUCGCGCAGUUCCAGGCGGAGAAGCGGGCGGUGCUGGCCGAGCUGGCGGCCAAGGCCAAGCUCACGGAGCAGGUCUUCAACGAGACUCCCGGCAUCCGCUGCAAUCCGGUGCAGGGAGCCAUGUACUCCUUCCCGCGCGUGCAGCUGCCUCCUCGCGCGGUGCAGCGCGCUCAGGAGCUGGGCCUGGCUCCCGACAUGUUCUUUUGCCUCCGCCUCCUGGAGGAGACCGGCAUCUGCGUGGUGCCUGGCAGCGGCUUCGGGCAGCGGGAAGGCACCUACCACUUCAGGAUGACCAUUCUGCCCCCCAUGGAGAAGCUGCGGCCCUUGCUGGAAACGCUGAGCCAGUUCCACGCCAAGUUCACCCGCGAGUACUCCUGAGGACACUGCUGGGGGCCAGGCUGGGCCGGCAGGGAGGACCCCGGGCGGACAGUGCUCAGGGUCCUGGGGUCUCUGGAGCGCUCUGGACUUGCUCCUGCUGCCUGUGUGGCUGGGCCCCUGCCUCUCUUCAGGCCCCUAAUAAAGCAGUGGGUUGGCUUGGCUGCUUGGAGGCUGUGUGCACACCUGUAUGCGCCUCCGCCGCCUUGUCCAUUCCUGACUGCCUUUCUGUGUGGGGUUCUGUGCAGGCCUGGGGGCCCGGGAGGAGUGGUCAGGGAGGGCUUCCAGGGGAGGUGACCUUCUUACAGGAUGGAUUUGGCGGGAUGGGGUGAGCACUGGGAAGCGGAGUGACCGUGAGAACUCAAAGGGGCAGUCUUGGUUCCUGUAAGUGGGCGCGGGCAGUGGUGCUGCCACUUUGGACAGCUGGAGGAGCGGUGGUGCUGGCCCAAGAGCAGGGACGGGAGGAAGAGCAAACUGGUCUCGCUUUGCCAUGUUGUGUGUGGUGUGUGACAUCCACGUGCAAAUGCAGUUCUUGGGCUGGGAAGCAGUGAGAGGGGAGGCCCCCUCCUGAGCUGGGGCACCCAAAGGCAAGUUUGGGGGAAGAGAGCACGGAAGAUGCUGAGGAAGAGGUGCCCUGUGGAGCUCUGGGCUGAAGGACCUGGGCUGGGGGCUGGCGGGCAGCCCUGUGUCGUUGACACUGGCGCGCGAGGAUGUGCAUGCCAGACACUGUUGUGGAUCACUGCACAAAGGGUCCUCUCUGGUGGGCACUGUAGUCCCCAUUUCAUAGAUAAGGAAACCUGGGCCCCCAAAAUGUGUGGAAAUGAAAGGAAGCUCACUCCGCGUGGCCUCAGCAGCUGAUGGAAUGUCUUGGCUCAAGUGUCUGCAAGUUGGUCUAGGGGUUGGCAGGCCUCAGCGACCCACGGGCUUAGGGAGAGUGUUGGCCAAGGCCCCAACUCCACUCUGGAUGUGGUUGUUAACCAUAGUCCCUGCUUCACUAUCUCCCCUGGGCCUCAGGUGCCCCACACAGCAAGGCUCUGGGCAGGAGAGGGCAGGGGAGGCGCAGGUUUCUCGUCGGGUGGACCGCGCCCCGCCCCGCCCCGCCCUGCCCUCUCCAUGGCCAGCUGGGGUCAGGCUGGGGCCGGCGUGGACUGGCUCUCCUGGCCUCGUCGCUAGACACUAGAGGGCGUUUCGGGCAGCAGCCGGGUGCCUCCUUGGGCUGGAUGUGGGCUCAGGCCUUUCCCACGAACUUCCUGCCUUCCACGACGCUCUGCGGCCACUGGCCUAGGGAGGGCGCCGAGACCACUAGCACAGCGAGGUGAGGGUCCAGCAGCUGAAGUAAGCGGUAGUAGAUAGUGGGUCCUCCGUGGGGGGCCCAGUGGACCCUGCGGCCACCAGGCACCAGGUGAGACACCAGGAAGCACUUCCGAAGAGUUAGGGUCUGGGGACCGGAUCUGAUAGCCCUGGGAGGGACCUGAAUGGGCCGCGGGUUCGGCCGCUUCCGACGUUCGAGGACAGCUGGCCACCGGGGGCGCCAGAAGGCGG